CGUGGGCUUGCAAGGGAAGAGCACGCUUCGAGAGCAAGUCAACGCCAGUCGCGUAUCGCGUCAAGAGCGAGAGCAGGCCAGUCCAGUCCACCAUGCAGACACUCACCGUCUUGCCAGACUAUCUGCGCACUGCGGCUUGGACUCGGCUCGUGCGGCUACCUCAUCCGAGUACAGGCGGACCUGCUCUUUUCCUGCUCUACAAGACCGCAGCCGGAGAUGGCAUACUCGAGCUGCAAGCCAUCAAGCCAGACGAGCACGAGAAACGAAGUUGGUUCGUCGGCAAAGAGACCGUUUGCUCAGAUGGUCGACUGCUUCUCUUUACGCCUAUCGACGCGGUUUAUCUGCUCGUGCGCGUGCUCGAGGCGGCUCAAUCGACCAACAAGAGCUUCUUGCCCCUUGGCGACAUCUUUGGAAGUGCAGCAGAUCACCUCGGCUUCACUGGCAAAGAGGCUGAAGACUUUGUACUACAAUCGAGUGAUAUAGCUGCACUCGAGCAUCUCACUUGCGUCCAGGGCGCACUCGAGAAGCUAUGCGACGCACGAGAUCUCGGAGGCGAAUUGAAGGCGUAUCGUUUAUCAGAGAGGCGCUUGUGCGAUUACUUGGCCGCGCGCGUCGAGAUGAUUGCCAGGUCGCCAGCUUUCGCGACAUGUGGCGCUCUCGUCAGCGGCCUGAGCAAGGCAGGCAUUCACACGAGUGAAGACUGUCUCGGCGGCCCAACUGACAUCAGCGAUAUUGUCAAGCAACAGGCCAGAGAGCAAAUCGCCAUUCAACUAUUGAGUCAGUAUCUCUCGCCUGAGCACCAGACCCUGCUUCGUGACCGCUACAAACACGAAGAGCUAGCUCAGCAUCUCGAGCGGGAUUCGAUCACAGCAGAGCUCCUCACGCAUAUGCCAGGUCUGCGCAAACCGCUCGCGCACGAGAAUUCGAAUCCAUCAGAGGGCUUGCCGGACGGACCCGCUUUUCACAAAACGUCUUCUGGUGCAGGCCUGGCUGCAGCGAAAAAGAAAGCCAAACCUCUGGUGUCGUCUGGUGUGGCUCGGCUCGCCAAAGUCAACACAAGUAGAGUGCACAAGCUCAGCAGUUUCUUCACGAAGAAAGGUACGCCGCCAUCGGCCGGUGCGACGCCAGAGAGCGAAUCGCAGAACCCGCUCGAUGAAGUCAGAGAUGGAUCGCAAAGGAGUGCAUCGCAAGACAGUGCGACGAAAGAUGCACCCGGCUCAUCGGCGAACGAGCCCACAUCUUCCGUACCUAUGACCGCGCCUAGCGCGGGUGCAGCUGCAUGAUUGAGACCUAUGCAUUCAGUGUGACAUAUACAAGUCAUGAUAACCCCGGAAAGACGAAAAGACAAGCAGAGGGCAAUGAUAUACUGGCCGAUAUGUUGAGUCCGCAUCAAGCGGGUGUAUCGUUCUCGCGGUCGGAUCUGUAGACGCGGAGCCUGACUUUGUCGAUACAGAUCUCGAAGCCAUCGCCAGUUGCGACGGAGGGUGAUGCCAUGGCUUCGUAGGACGGCUUGAGGUUGACCGGGUCCAGUCGUGUCCAACCAUAUCUGUGCUGAAC